UGGCAACACCCGCUGCAGGUUUCUCUUCUGCCGCUCCAACCCACCGUGGACACCCACGCAGACGAUACUCUCUCUUCACUUACUCUUCGUUUGUAACCUAUUGAUAAGUAUUGUUACGAGACCUAGAUUUCUCGUGUUGGUGGCGAGGAGCGUGGCAACCUUGGCGCAUCGUGCAAUGCAGCGGGGACCUUGCAAGUCACGCGUCACAGUAACCUCGGCUCACGGCGUGCUCGUGCCGCUACAAUGACGUCUGUAUCUAUCGUUAAAUUGAUUUACCGCCGCGAGCGUUAUCCAUUGCUUCCUCGGCGAGCGGUAACCGUUGAGAGGCGAGCUACGCCCGGCAAUGUAUUAUUAGCAAAACGGAUCUCGCGCGUUUUCGAUACGUGAAAUUAUGCCCGCUCGUAGGGACAUGUUGAUAGACGCGUAUAGCGAGCGCAAACAGCUGACCGUUGACGUAGUUCUUUUAACUGAUAAAAAACAAGACGCGGUCACUCAAGGACGGUCAACUACUAUCGAGAGGUAUUUCCCGUUCAACGGGCACCGGAGUGCAACACAAACGACGCGCAAACGACACUGGUGAUUACCACUGCUAAUCUACCUUCUCAACACGUUGCAAGUGAAGUGAAGCACUUACACAAAGUAAUAUUGCGGUUGAAUACGUGAAGUGAGGGGCCUGAGGCGCGUUUCCCGAGUUAUCGCACUGGAAAAACACGCCACAUAUUAUCGCGUGCUACUCACUAUCAGCUGUGAGCGAUGCGGCGCGCGGUCGCCAACACGAUAGUCAUGGUACGGAAAUACGAAAGAAUGAGUGGUCGACAAUCCUGGAGUGAAGAGGAAAUGGCCAAGGCCGUAGCAGCGGUUGUGUCUGGCAAAAUGGGGUACAAACUGGCAGCCAGAACGUUUCACAUACCUCGCUCAACACUCCAAAGAAGAGCUAGUAAAGUUAGAUACCAGCAACCCGACGAUCCAAAGCCUUUAAUGGGACAUUAUAGACGCGUUUUCACGGAGAAUCAGGAAAAGGAUUUAGUCGGUUAUAUCAAGAGCAUGGAAAAAUAUUUCAUGGGCGUGUCGAGGAGAGACAUUAGGGAGCUCGCAUUCCAGUACGCGGAAGACAAUAGUCUUAAUCAUCCUUUCGACUGCAAUACGCGGAUGGCGGGCGAGGAUUGGGUGAGGAACUUCCUCAAGAGAAAUCCAGAGCUGCUUCACAGAUCGGAAAGGGACUAUGAGCCGGUGAACUUCGAUCAGUUCUAUCACUUCAUGUGCCAAUCAUGAUCGAGAAGUUUCAAUUGAUAAUUUAAUACCCAAGGUCAUUUGCAGCCCACCCGACGGAGCCACAGUCGUAUUAAAAUACACUUACUGUGUACAAUAUACAAUAUAGAAAUUAAUUUCGACAACUCCGGUUGCACACUGCAAGUGGUUAGACUAAUUACAUCGUAACUUAACAACGGAAUUAAUAAUAAAAACGUGUAGAUAAUAUAUUCAAAGACUUAUAAUGUGUUAUAAAUAGCUAAUUGAAAUAUUUAUAUUAAAAGAGCCUGGCUCACAUGAUAUUUAUAGAUUAUUGUCUGAUAGAGUUUUUAUUAUUCAUGAUAUUCCAUUCGUUCAUCUACUUAACGACUAUGUUUUAAAAAAAUUGAGUACUUAUCGUAUCCUAACAUCAUAUGUAUAUGUCUUGUAAGUUAUUAUGUUUAUAGUUUAUAUUCUGUUAUUUAAUGGUUAUCGGUCAAAGGGCUGUGAUAGUGGAGAAGGUGUAAAUUAGGGAUCAUAUCAAGAAAAAUAAUAAAAAAUAUAGAUAAUAUUUUCCUUCUUCUCGCUUUAGUCAGUUCUUAAGUCACGGUUCUCAUUAUUUUGCUAAUAUUACUAAUUUUAUCUUUUAAAACAAUUUUAGUAGCAUAUACCGAUACUGAUUUAUAAAUUUUAUUUACGUGUAUUUGCCGUUCUUGCUAUUUUUAUAUAAAAAAAUAUACUUUGUAUGCCUUUGUACAUCACAAUAUUUCGUCAUCAAUUGACUUUUUAUUAUUGUUCAGAAAAUGUGUAAUUUUAUUUAUAAAUGAAAAAUAAAAUAAAUCAGUUUAUUAAAAUUGUUAUCAAAUACACAUUUUUACAAAUGUAUUUUCUUACUUUCGUCUACAAACAGCUUUACAACCGUUCUUAAUAACCUGUCGCAAUUUGUCAGUAAGUUUCUUAGCAACGUUUUCAUUAGUCAAGAAACUAUGUCAUAUUUUUAUAUUAUUUAUUUUCAUUUAUUUCAUACAGACAGGUUAUUAAAACGGCUGUUGGGACUCCGUAAACGAUCGAGAUUUUUGUCAAUCAAACGAGUUUGUCAAACACUUAGAUCAUUUGCGGCUUUGUUUGAAGAAUUUGUCAAACAUAUCUUAAUGAAAAAGUCAAGUUUGAUACAGUUGUUUGACAAGCAAGUUUGUCAGAAUGUUUGAUCAACACUCGCCUUUAUAGGAGUCCAAAGUAACUUAGGACUGUAGUAAAUUCUAACUAGUAUUUAUGUAAGAUCGGCUAACGUUAAAAUGAACCUCCACCAUAUACGAUUGUACGCCCACAUUCAAAGCACCUACUCGUAAUUAUAAAUCUUUGAAUCAUCAUCAUAUCAGCCGAUGGACUUCCAAACAUCACGAUAUGAGCCACCUGCAUCCAGCGAAUCCCUGCGACUCGCUUGAUGUUGUUAGUUCACCUGGUGGGGGGUCGGCCAACACUGCGCUUUCUAGUGCGGGGUCGCCAUUCCAGCACUUUGGGGCCCCAACGUCCAUCGGCUCUUCGAACUAUCUAAUCUUUCAAAUCUUUCAAAAAUUCUAACAAAUCUUUGAAAGUGGGUAUAUUAUUUAUUGUUAGUGCACUUUGUAUGUGAACGUAGCUGUCUAUUCACCAAUUUUAAUGUGUUAGUGACUGACAGAUGCCAGUACAUUACAUUGCGAGUUCCAGAACUAAAAACAAAUGCAUACUAAUAAAAUAUUAUUUUGAUGAUUGAUUGAAAAUAUUUUUACAAAAUUUAACCUGGUUAGUGAAUGGAGUUUAAUAUCAUAUAAUAUCUGCGAGCAAAUUAUAGUUUUGUCGAACUUAUGUAUUACUCUUAAAGGGGCUUUGCCAUUUUUCCAUCCAUCUAAAUGGAUUGCACAAGACACCUACAUAUAUACUAAACUCGACGUGAUAUGUUUAUAAACAAACAAAUUAGAAAUGAAGGUAAAAUAUGUCAUUUCAUACCUAAUUAAUAUUAAAUUAUGUAUUGUUUUUUUUUUACAAAAUGUCAUGAUAUAACUAUAUCUAAUUGUUCUAAACUUAUUAAUCAAAUGUUUUCACAAAUUCAGGAACAAUUGCAUUAAAAUUAUUAUUAUUUAUUGAGAUUUUAAUCGAAAUCGAAUUGACAAGCGAUUUAUUAAUUUUUAAUUUGUUGGUUGAUGAACAUUGCAUAUCGAAUUUGGUUCUAGAAUAAUAAAUAUAUAUAUAUUCUUCUCUAUCAAGAAAAAGUAAACUAAGAAUUUGUGAUAAUGGUGAAUGGUGAUAGUAGUGGGAAUGUUAUGGUAAAUUGUUUUGUAAGUUUAUAAUUGAAAUUCUAAAGAGAUGUAAGUGGUAUUUUUCUAAUUUAAAUUAAUUAAACUUAUUGUACCUUUGAACUUACCUACAAAGUUGUUACCUGAUAUAAGUUUUGAUCUCUAGAAACUAGUUUUAAUAAAUACCUAAAAAAUAUUGGUUGUAUGAGAUGGUUAGAUUUAACUGUCUUAUGUUGAAAAAAAUAAUACAAAUUGUCGAAUGCCAAACUAAACGUUAUUAUUUGAGAUAUUUUAUAUUUAAUUUAUAUGUUUAAGUACUUAAUAAGUUUAAUUUAAUAAAAAGGUAUGAAAAAUGUGA